AUGUCGGAUCUUUUCUCGUCGUUAAACUCCGACGCAGCAGAGCUAAUCCUCUCCCACCUUCCGAUCCCUUCCCUCCUCCGUGCCUCCUCCGUAUGCAAAAAGUGGCGAUCCCUUAUCACUACCCCAAAUUUCCCUUCCCUCUGCCACAACCACCACAAAUACCACCCUUGGUUCUUCCUCCACGGCCUCCACAACACCUCCUCCAGAAACAACCAGUCUUUCGCCUUUGAUCCUUCCUCCAACUCCUGGUUUAUCCUACGUUCCUUUCCUUUCCCUUCUUCCGACUUCACUGGCUCUAGUGGUUUCCUCUUUUCCACUGCUCCUUCCUUUUCCUUCUCUCCUGUCCUCAAACCUCGUUGGAAAUCCACCUCUCCUCUCCGCUUUUCGCGUAUCAAUCCCUUACUUGGUGUUUUUUGUGAUCACCAGAGACCCUCAAAUUAUCUUUCCAAGCCUAAGUUUAUUGUUGUUGGUGGUGUUAGAUUCAUUGGUGGAUUAGUCGAUAUCGAGGACAGGUUGGCUGUUGAAAUAUAUGACCCUUGUACGGAUUCUUGGGACCUUGGGCCGCCUUUACCUGCAGAUUUUCGAUCUGGUUACUCCUCUCAAACAUUGUCAUCAGCCUUGUUUAAACAAAGGUUCUUUGUGUUUGGGAUUUAUACAUUUUUUGUUUCGUCUUUCGAUUUGGAUAACCGUGUUUGGUCGCAGGUUCAGACAUUAAGGCCACCUGGGGUCGUCUUUGCCUUCUUGAUUGCUUGUCACGAAAUGCUUGUUUUAGCCGGAGUGUGUAAUGGGCCUCACCCACACGGGCCUUCCUUUAAUUUGUGGAGGAUUGACGAGGAAAGUAUGGAGUUUAGUGAAAUUGCAAUUAUGCCUCAGGAUUUGCUUUAUGGGUUGGUUGAUAGUGAGGAGGAAGACAAGUUUGCUAGCUUGAAAUGUGUGGGGAUGGGAUGUCUUAUUUAUGUGUUUAAUGAGGAGUAUCAUAAAAAGUAUCCUGCUUGUGUUUGCGAGAUUAGCAGUGAUUCUGGCAAGUGUAGCUGGAGGAGAGUGCCUCAAUUGCCUUCACCUGUUAAUAAGUUUCACAAAGUUAUUAGCUACUGUUCCACAGUCUUGCCACAUAAUGUUUUUGGAGGCGAAGAGGAAGAAAAAAUUGGGAGUAUUUCUGAUUGA